AACGGGAAUAUCAUUCGCGCACCAUUACCUCAAGGAAGGUGAUACCGUGUGUGUAAAACGAUAAUAAUAUACAUGGAAAUAAUUGUGUACGUGUUAUGUGAUAUUUUCAUAUACGCGUGUGCUUCCUGAGCGUAAUUCUGAAACAGCUAUUAAUCUUUUGUGAGCAAGUUAAAGACACGUUUUGAACAACAAUUUUAUGAGUCUAAUGUUGUACAAACUAAACGCGAGCCCUCCGGCGCGCACUGCCAUGAUGGUGUGUGAACUCUUCAAGGUUCCUGUUAAAAUGGUUGACGUAAAUUUAUCCAAAGGAGAACAUUUUUCCCCGGAAUAUUUAAAGAGAAACCCUCUUCACACUGUACCUACUCUAGAAGAUGGCGACCUGAUUAUUACUGAUAGCCACGCGAUUGCAAUGUAUCUCGCCGACAAAUAUGGAAAAGACGAUAGUCUGUACCCUAAAGACUUAAAAAGCAGAGCAAUAGUGAACCAAAGGUUAUUCUUUGAUAGCACGGUGUUGUUCUCUAGAAUGAGAAGUGUUACUUUUCCAGUCAUAAUUGAAGGAUGUAAAACUGUCACGGAGAAGCAAAUUAAUGACAUUAUCGAAGCAUAUGGUUAUGUUGAAACUUAUCUAUCGAACACCAAAUUCAUAGCCACCAAUAACUUGACGAUUGCUGACAUUUCUGCCUACGCCGUAGUUUCAUCUCUCCUUUUUAUUGUGCCUUUAGAUGGAGCCAAAUUCCCCAAAACACAAACGUGGUUGAAUGAAAUGGAAAAGAAACCUUUUGCACAGAAAUAUAAUGUGAACGGCGUGGCCGAAUUGGGCGCACUAUUGAAAGAGAAACUUGGAUCUUAAUCUAUAAAAUGUAUUAAGUUUAUUAAUGUAAGUGAAAUGUUAUUUAUUAAAAGGAUCAAUAAAAUUACUUACCAACA